GCCCGGCCCCCUCCCCGCCAGAGCCAUGAGCGGCUGCCGGUACAAUGGGGGGGUGACACGGCCCCGGGGCCCCCUGAGCGCCUCCGCCCGCUCCCUGCACCCGCUCGAGGGGGAGACCCAGCCCCUGCGGCCCUGCCCGUCCCCCGGCCUCGAGGUGGUGGUGUCGCGGCCGGAGCAGCCCGGGGGUCCGGAGCCCGGCCCGGCGGCAGCCCCGGGGCAGGAUGGGGCCGAGGAGCGGGGAGGGGAACCCCGGAGGAACCAGAACAUCGGGUACAAGCUGGGCCACCGGCGAGCCCUCUUCGAGAAGCGGAAGCGCCUCAGCGAUUACGCCCUGAUCUUCGGGAUGUUCGGCAUCGUGGUCAUGGUCACGGAGACGGAGCUGUCCUGGGGGGUCUACACCAAGGAGUCGUCGUAUUCGUUUGCACUGAAAUGCCUUAUCAGCCUCUCGACCCUCAUCCUCCUGGGGCUCAUCGUCAUGUACCACGCCAGGGAGAUCCAGCUGUUCAUGGUGGACAACGGCGCCGACGACUGGCGCAUCGCCAUGACCUACGAGCGCAUCUUCUUCAUCGCGCUGGAGCUCAUCGUGUGCGCCAUCCACCCCAUCCCCGGGCAGUACCUGUUCACCUGGACCGCCCGCCUGGCCUUCACCUACGCCGCCUCCGUGGCCGACGCCGACGUGGACAUCAUCCUGUCCAUCCCCAUGUUCCUGCGGCUCUACCUGAUCGGGCGCGUGAUGCUCCUGCACAGCAAACUCUUCACCGACGCCUCGUCCCGCAGCAUCGGGGCCCUCAACAAGAUCAACUUCAACACCCGCUUCGUCAUGAAGACCCUCAUGACCAUCUGCCCCGGCACCGUCCUGCUGGUGUUCAGCAUCUCCUCCUGGAUCAUCGCCGCCUGGACCGUCCGCGUCUGCGAGAGGUACCACGACAAGCAGGAGGUGACCAGCAACUUCCUGGGGGCGAUGUGGCUGAUCUCCAUCACCUUCCUGUCCAUCGGCUACGGGGACAUGGUGCCGCACACCUACUGCGGGAAGGGCGUGUGCCUGCUCACCGGCAUCAUGGGCGCCGGCUGCACCGCGCUGGUCGUGGCCGUGGUGGCCAGAAAGCUGGAGCUCACCAAAGCGGAGAAACACGUCCACAACUUCAUGAUGGACACGCAGCUCACGAAGCGGGUGAAAAAUGCUGCUGCCAACGUACUCAGGGAAACGUGGCUCAUCUACAAACACACCAAGCUGGUGAAGAAGAUCGACCAUGCCAAAGUUCGGAAACACCAGCGUAAGUUCCUCCAAGCCAUCCAUCAAGCUCAGAAGCUGAGGAGUGUGAAGAUGGAGCAGCGGAAGCUCAACGACCAGGCCAACACUCUGGUGGACCUGGCCAAGACCCAGAACAUCAUGUACGACAUGGUCUCAGAGCUGCAGGAGCGCCACGAGGACCUGGAGAAGCGACUGGGAGCCCUGGAGAGCAAACUGGAGGCGCUGGGGCUGAGCCUGCUGGCCCUGCCCGGGCUGGUGAGCCAGGCCCUGGGCCAGCAGCAGAGGGAGCUCCUGGGGGCUUGGCCCCCCCGGCUCUGCUCGGCCACGGCCCCCUGCACCCCCACCCGCGCCCCCCGCGCCCCUGCCGGUGCCCCCCCCGCCUCUGACAGCGGGUGAGGGGUGGGGGGUGCUGGGGGCACCCACGGGUGCCCUUUUACAACCUCCUCCACCCCCUUGGACGGCGGGUGGUAGGGAGGGGGCUGUGGGGGGCACCCCCGGGUCCUCCUCUGUCACCCCCUCCCUCUUCGGACAGCGGGUGAUGGGGGGGGCACCCCCAGGUCCCUUUGCACCCCCACCCCUACAAUGGACAGUGGGUGAUGGGGUGGGGGGGUUAUGGGGGCACCCACAGGUCCCCCUUUGUCACCCCCCCACCUCCUCAGACAGCAGUUGGUAGGGAGGGGGGUGUAUGGGGGGGGGGGCACAGGUCCCCCUCUGCCACCCCCCCACCUCCUCGGACAGCGGGUGAUGGGGAGGGGGGGUCUGGGGGGGCCCCUCUUAUGUCUGGCCAUCGUGUGGCUGAUUUCAGUAGCUUUGUUCUGUAAAGCCCUGUAUAAAUUUCCUGCGUUCACUGUG